GCUUGCACGCAUUUGACGUGCAACGAAUGUGCUUCCCAGUAUUUAUCUACCUAGCUAAUAGCUCAAACGCCAUCCUCCUCCGGCAAUUUCCACCACCACCGCCGCCGCCGCCGCCGCCAUGGGUUUCGACGACGAUGAAGAGCCGCCCUUCUUCCGCCAUCAUAACCGGUACGACCUCAACAGCAAGAUCAUGCUCACCGCCAUAAUUUCGUUAUCCUGCGUGGUGUUCAUCGUCACGGUGCUCCAUAUCUACGCGAGAUGCAUGUUGCGACGCCAGGCGCGGCGGCGCGCAGCGCUGCAACAGAUGAUGAUCGCCGCCGCAGCCCGCGCCCAGUCCGCCGAGCCGCCGAAGACGGGGCUACACCCCUCAGUCAUAGCGUCGCUCCCCGUAACUGUCUACCAGAAAGCCGAGGAAACCGAAACGGUUGAAUGUUCGGUCUGCCUGAGCCAUCUGCAGGACGGCGAGAUGGCUCGGACGUUGCCGAACUGCAACCACACUUUCCACGCGGACUGUGUGGACAAAUGGCUCGGAACUCAGUCCACGUGUCCCAUUUGCCGUACGGAGGCCCAGCCGAGCUCCCGCCCGGUCCCCGAGCCUCGGGAGGGUGCCGUUACGGCGGCGGCCAUACCGCCGCCGCCGUCAAAUCCACCUCCCUCCGCUCCGCCUCUGGAGCGAGUUGCCUCCUGCGCGAUAAACGUGGAGGGGACGACUUCCGACGCCGGCGGCGGAAGUUGCGGAAUGCUGCACCCGUCGGGCAAAGCUAGUGGGCCCAGCAGCUCGAGCUUUCGGUUGAGUUCUUUCCGGAAGAUUCUGAGCAGCAGAGAGAGAUCAUCUAGACGAAUUCAAAGUCUUGGCGGAGAAGACGGUAUUGUAGAAGAUGUUGAGAGACAAUAAUUAAUUGAUUUUGAUCAUAUUUAGGUAUGACUUUGGUGUCGUGUUCUGGGCUUACAUUUCAUCAGAUCAUACAUACAUUCUUGAAUUAUCUGCUACUUUUCUAUCAGUUAUGUAACGCAAUCUUUACAUGAAUAUCUCCGGCCAUCUACUACUCUUCUGGGCAAAGAGUUUUUUGGUUCUUUAUUUUUUUUCUUCUCUCUUUGUAUACUUUCUAUCUCUCUCUCCAUAUGUAAAUUCAAUAAGAGUAAUAUUUUCUGUAUUUUCACUUUCACUUUUUA